AUGUACAGUAUGUUUAGUAGAUUUAACAGGUUGACAUUUUCAGACAGCAAAGGUGGGGACUGUGUGUGCGGGGGGUUAGCGGCACUCUUGGAUCAGGGUCAAAGAUUAAAUUUCAACCCUGCAGCAUUCCCUGGGGCGGCCCGUAAGAGAGAGGGUGCUAGCGAAGAGACCCACAAACAAGCCUAACUCCAAGUGAGCGCUGCAGAUUAACAUCACAGCGGCCCCUGAAGGAGCCACGCCACCACCGCCACAUCGAGCACAAAAACACUGGGAGGGUUUUCCUGGACAUCCUGAUGUGGAGAUCGACGAAGAGUCGGCUGCAGACGGAGGGAAGGGAGACGGAGGCAAAGCAGGAGGAAUAUGUGGAGGUGUGAGUAGUUGGAGCUCCUGAAGCCAGAGAGAGGCAACCCAAAGAAACACCCAACGCAGAGAAAUGGACAAUCAAGACAAGCGAGCCGGAGACGAGGGGAAGACAGAGGAGAAACAAAAAGCUGAUGAGCUCAGCGACGAACAGAAGCAGAGCAAAGACAAGUACAACAAGCUGGAGAAGGAGAGCAGCGAGAAGGAGGUGCAUGGCGAGGACAGGAGGCUAAGCCACCGCCCCUGUAAGAGCGGCUGGGACUUGAGUGAACGCCUGGCCAUCAACGUCUCCGGGAUGCGUUACGAAACCCAGCUGCGCACCCUCGCUCAGUUCCCUGACUCCCUGCUGGGCGACCCGCGGCGCCGGCUACGCUACUUCGACCCGCUGCGCAACGAGCUGUUCCUUGACAGGAACCGCACCUGCUUCGACGCCAUCCUCUACUUCUACCAGUCGGGCGGCAGGCUGCGGCGGCCCGCCAACAUCCCGCUGGACAUGUUCCUGGACGAGCUGCACUUUUACGAACUCGGCGAGGACAUCAUCGACCGCUUCAAGGAGGACGAGGGCUUCGCCAAGGAGGAGGAGAGGCCGCUGCCGACCUCAAAGUGGCAGCAGAAAAUCUGGAUGUUGUUUGAGUAUCCCGAGUCUUCGGGUGGAGCAAGGAUCAUCGCCAUCAUCAGCGUCAUGGUCAUCGUCCUCUCCAUCCUCAUCUUCUGCCUGGAGACUCUGCCUGAGUUCAGAAACGAGAAGGAGCGGCGGGAGCAAUACACAACCACGCUUCACCCGACCAUCCCCAAUGCAACCCUCCUGGUCCCACCAAAGUUUUCCCCAUUCCAGGACCCGUUCUUCAUAGUCGAGACCAUCUGCAUCUGCUGGUUCUCCUUUGAACUCAUCAUGCGCUUCAUCAGUGCCCCGAGCAAGAUCCUCUUCUUCAAGGACAUCAUGAACAUCAUCGACUUCUUGGCCAUUUUGCCCUUUUUCGUCACAGUGGGCACAGAGCUGGCCAAGGACAAAGGCACGCCGCCGUCUGUCUCCCUGGCACUCAUCAGAGUCAUCAGGCUGGUGAGAGUCUUCCGGAUCUUCAAGCUUUCCCGUCACUCCAAAGGCCUCCAGAUCCUCGGUCAGACGCUGAAGGCUAGCCUGCGAGAGCUUGCGCUCCUGAUUUUCUUCCUCUUCAUCGGCGUCAUUCUGUUUUCCAGCGCUGUCUACUUUGCCGAGGUGGACAGUCCUGAAACAAUGUUUACCAGCAUACCCGAGUCGUUUUGGUGGGCUGUGGUGACCAUGACCACGGUGGGCUACGGGGACAUGGUUCCGAUGACGGUUGUGGGAAAGCUGGUUGGGUCCAUGUGCGCCAUUGCGGGUGUGCUCACCAUCUCCUUGCCGGUUCCCGUCAUCGUUUCAAACUUCAGCUACUUCUACCACCGAGGGAUGGAAUGUGAGGACCACAGGGAGUAUCACCAUGUCUCCACAUCGCUGUGGGAAGACAACAACGAGGACGACGAAGAGAAUGACGAAGACAAUGGGACGGAUCAGGAUCCUGAAUUAAUGGGGGAUAGUGCACUUCUGCACGAACAGAGAAGGGCGAUAUGUCCGCCGCUCAAUGGAAACCUCGUGGCUGGGCUUCGUGCAGAACAGGGAGAAAGAGGUAUUUGGGAAACGUACCUUUUUCCUCUGCAGGGUUGCUGUGUGGAGACCGGUUGGACCAGAACUCGACACCAGCUGGUUCUUCUUCUGCCACUCCUUGGUCGCUGUGACUGCUGGUUUUGGGUCUUUGUCCUGCUGGAAGACCCGUCUGUGACUCAUCCUCGGUGUUUCUGGGCUCCUCAAUGCUGGGAAACCGUGAAAAAACCAUCCAUACCAGGAUGUUUCCGCCUCCGUGCUUCCCUGCACAGAAAGUAGAAGCUGCAAAGUGGAAAGUAAGUGAAGUUUCUUGUCUGCCUGAAUAAAGUUGAUUCUGAUUUAUGAUUUUGGUCCAAAAGUUGCUAAAAAUAUUAUGAUCAGAAGGAGUUUGGUUUUGUUUUUUCAUCAUUUUUUUGAUUUCUGUUGUUUUGAUUCUGUAUUUUUAACGUUUCUUGUGAUAAUUUGACUUCCUGUUUAUUUUGACAGUCCGUUUCCUCUUUUGCGCAGUUCUGUUUACUUCCUGUUUUCCCUUGUAAAUGAUCCUGAGUUGUUUUGUUUCUAGUUUUUCUUCAAGCAGUUAUUCUUUAGCUGGCUUGUAGCAUAAUUCUGUAAAUGAUAAUUAUGUUCAGAAAUAUUGUGAUUAAUUUUAAUUUCUCUCAUUAAUAAAGUGAUCAGGGGCAAGGCGGAUUUGGUUUUUUGUUUCUCCAAUCUUUAAUGUGAUGACUAAAGGUUUAUUAAAACUAUUUUAUGACCAAAA